AAUUACGCUUUGAAUGGAUCGGUUCGGAGUUUACUAUAUUUUUGUCUUUUAAAUUGAAAAUCGUGAUACUGUCAACAGUUUAGUAAAAAAACAAAUUUUUUAUGUUUUCUUUAAGAAUAAAUUUCCGAUAAGUCAUUUCUGCAACGAGAAAGUGAAUUUUGAAGGAUUAUAAUUUUACGAAUUAAAAUUUCUUCGUUGAAUUUAAGCGAUCAAAUCAGUUCUAUUUGUUGUGGCCGGUUGUUGUUAGACCAGACACACCAUUCCAUCAAAGCGAAAUCGUUUCCAACGGAAGAAAAAACGUCGAAACCAACAUACCAACAAUAUGCCAGCCCGAUUCUCAGAUGUUGCUACUGACACCCGUCGUAAUGUCCCUAUGGACCUGGAGGGACGCUACGACGCUGUGCAGGACGAUAUCGUCAUAACGGGCUUCUCUGGCCGUCUGCCGGAAAGUUCAAAUAUUGAAGAAUUUAAGAAAAAUUUGUUUGAUGGAGUCGAUAUGGUCAACGAUGAUCCGCGACGAUGGCCGAAGGGAUUGUACGAUUUGCCAACCAGAAUUGGCAAAAUAAAGGACAUCGAUUUGGAGCUCUUCGAUCAGCAGUUUUUCAGUGUGCAUCAGAAACAAGCGGAAUGUAUGGAUCCGCAAAUGAGAAUGCUGCUAGAAACCACAUAUGAGGCUAUUAUUGAUGCAGGCGUUAAUCCACAAGAAAUUCGUGGCAGUCGUACCGGCGUGUACAUCGGUGUUUCUUCAUCCGAAGUCGAACAAUAUUGGUGUGCCGAUCCAGAUCGCGUAAAUGGAUAUGGACUCACCGGAUGCGCACGAGCUAUGUUUGCCAAUCGUCUGUCGUUCACAUUCGAUUUCAAAGGGCCCAGCUUCGCAACAGACACUGCCUGUUCGAGUUCGUUGUAUGCCAUGGCGCAGGCGUUCGAGGACAUGAAAAUGGGACGUUGCGAUUCAGCUAUUGUGGCCGGUGUUGGUUUGAUUCUGAAACCGACCAUGUCGUUGCAAUUCAAACGCUUAGGAAUGUUAAGUGCUGAAGGCAUGUGCAAAGCCUUCGACGAAACUGGUGCCGGUUACGUUAGAUCCGAUGGAUGUGUUGUGACAUUUUUGCAAAAGUCAUCUUCGGCCAGACGUAUUUACGCUAGCGUGUUGAAUGUGCGAACCAAUACUGAUGGUAGUAAGGAGCAAGGCAUCACAUAUCCCGAUGGACGUAUGCAAAAUCGAUUGAUUCGAGAAACGUACGAAAGCAUCGGCUUAGAUCCGGCUGAUGUUGUGUAUGUAGAAGCGCACGGCACCGGUACCAAAGUUGGAGAUCCGCAAGAAGUCAAUUCCAUUACCGACUUUUUCUGUAAGGAAAGGAAAACGCCCCUACUCAUGGGCUCAGUCAAAUCAAAUAUGGGUCACUCAGAACCUGCUUCUGGAGUGUGUUCCAUCGCAAAAGUGUUGUUGGCAAUGGAAGCAGGUGUCAUUCCUGGUAAUCUUCAUUAUAAAUCCCCCAAUCCCGAUCUGUAUGGAAUUGUUGACGGUCGGAUCAAGGUGGUUGACAAAAACACACCUUGGAAUGGCGGUAUCAUUGGCUUGAAUUCCUUCGGUUUCGGAGGAGCUAAUGCUCAUGUGAUUCUUAAGUCGAACCCUAAACCAAAGGCAAUCACACCGGAUGACGGUUUCCCAAGAUUGGUUGUUCUAUCCGGUCGUACCAGUGACGGUGUGCAAGAGCUUCUCGAAGAUGUUGAAAAGCACAAAGAUGAUGAGGAAUACUUGGGUCUGAUCAACGAAAUUCACACCAAAAACAUUCCCCUGCAUUACUACCGUGGAUACACAAUCGUCAACGGCGGUGAUCCACAACGUGAAGUUAUGGAACUGGUUGAAGACAAACGUCCGCUGUGGUACAUCUAUUCUGGCAUGGGUUCUCAAUGGCCGAGCAUGGCUAAAGAUUUGAUGCAAAUUGAUGUGUUCAAUCAAAGUAUUCAUCGAUGCGCCGAGGCUCUGAGACCGGAGGGUAUUGACUUGGUGGAAAUUUUGACCAAGAGUGAUGCUUCCAAGUUUGAAAAUACUUUGUACUCGUUCGUUUCGAUUGCCGCCGUGCAGGUCGCUCUAACCGAUUUGCUUACACAUUUGGGCAUGACUCCAGAUGGUAUCGUUGGUCAUUCCGUGGGUGAAUUGGGAUGCGCUUACGCUGACGGUUGUUUCACACCGGAACAAACUGUAUUGGCCGCUUAUUGGCGUGGUAAGAGCAUCAUUGAUUCGAAACUCCAAAAGGGAGCAAUGGCAGCCGUAGGAUUGUCAUGGGAAGAUUGUAAGAAACGUUUGCCUGAAGAUGUUUUCCCUGCCUGUCAUAACAGCGAAGACAGUGUCACUAUUUCUGGUUCUGUUGAGGGCAUAGAAAAGGUUGUGAAGCAACUUACCGAUGAGGGCAUUUUCGCUCGUGGAGUCGCUUCAUCUGGAGUCGCCUUCCACAGCAAAUACAUCGCUGAUGCCGGACCCAAACUUCGCAAGUCGCUUGACCGCAUCAUCCCAACACCGAAGACUCGAACAUCGCGUUGGAUCAGUUCCAGUAUUCCGGAGAGCGGUUGGAACACACCAAUGGCUCAGCAAAGUUCAGCUGCUUACCAUGUCAACAAUUUACUGUCGCCAGUUCUGUUCCACGAGGCCAUUCAGCAUAUACCGAAGAAUGCAAUUUGCAUUGAGAUCGCGCCUCACGGUCUCUUACAAGCCAUUAUCAAGCGUUCACUGGGAAGUGGCGUGACUAGCUUGAGUUUGUUGAAGCGGAACCACGAGAACAAUUUGAUGUUUAUGUUGAGCAACGUCGGCAAACUCUAUGGCGCUGGUGCUCAGCCUCUUGUUCCCAAAUUGUACAGACCAGUUUCGUAUCCCGUCGGUCGUGGUACACCUAUGUUAAAUUCCAAAGUCUCUUGGGAUCACAGUCAACGUUUCGCCGUACCAAAACUUGGAGCAGAUUCUCAAUCCGGUGAAACCAUCAUCGAUGUUAAUCUGACGAAGGACGAGGAUGCUUAUUUGGCUGGCCACACAAUCGACGGACGUGUUCUAUUCCCAGCUACUGGUUACAUGACCUUGGCCUGGCGUCAAUUCGCUAAAAUGAAGAACAGCACAAUGGAAAAGACACCGGUCGUUCUCGAAGAUGUCGUUUUCCAUCGUGCUACCAUUUUACCCAAAGAUGGAUCGGUCAAAUUCGGAGUCAAUUUCUUCGAUGGCACUGGUCGCUUUGAAAUCUGCGAAGGUGGUUCGUUAGCUGUUUCUGGCAAGAUUUACAUACCAGAAGACAUGGAGACUACACAGUUACAAUUGAAGCCACUGGCCAUGGACAAGUCUGGAUUGUUAAUGAACACUGGUGAUGUGUACAAGGAAUUGCGGCUACGAGGAUACGAUUAUGGCGGUAAAUUCCGUGGCAUUACGGAAUGUGAUUCGAAAGCAUUAACCGGAAAACUGGCAUGGGAAGACAACUGGAUCAGUUUUAUGGACACCAUGUUGCAGUUCAGCAUCAUGGGUAAAGAUUUGCGUGAACUGUAUCUGCCGACACGUAUCGAAAAAUGCAUCAUCGACCCAUUGAAGCAAUACCAACUGUUCGAGAAUUCUGCAGACGAGAAGAAAACCGUCGAGUGUUACAUGUACAAGGAUAUCAAUGUCAUCAAGAGUGGCGGUGUUGAAAUGCGAGGACUUCGAGCUUCGUUGGCACCGAAACGAUCUGGAACACAAUCGGCACCAAUAUUGGAACGCUACAACUUCAUUCCAUUCAUGAACGAACAAGAAUUGUGUGAAACUGAUGAACGUGCCCGUCAACAUGCUGUCGCAGCAUCUGUCCAACUGGCUAUUGAAAACAGUGGCGGAGCUCUGAAGCUGAAGGUUGCCGAUAUUGUCGGCGACAAACCAUUGGAGAAUGUUAUGGCACAACUGAUCCAGUAUCUGAUUGAAAGCGAACCAACUCUUGUCACUGAUGUGGCUAUCAUCACAAACCACAGUGCCGAAGCUUACACUCAAACGCUCGGUGACUCAGGUAUACGCGUCGUCACCAAAGAUGCUCUCAACGGACCGGUCGAACAAAAUUGCCAUAUCGUUGCUAGCUACGAUGUCGUUUCGCAAAUGUCGGCCAACACAUUGCUACAGAACAUGAGAGAGUCCAUUCGCGAUGAUGGUUUCAUUCUAUUGGAGGAGAACAUUGUUGGAUUCGAUAAAACCAAAGCAGAAAAACUCUUUGCCACAAUGAAUUUGGCCAUCGUGUCAGUUCAACGCAAGACCAACAAGUACUACUAUCUCCUUCGACCCAUGGUCGAUCUCGAAGCUCGUAACAAACAAAUCGUUCACGUAACGGAAACAAACUACAAAUGGGUGGAAGAAUUGAAAGCAGCACUGGCUACAGCCGAAGAAAACAACCGUUACGUGUACAUCGUCAGUCAAGGAGAAGAAUUGUUCGGAGCUUUGGGUUUCAUCAAUUGCAUCAAGAAUGAAAAUGGCGGUAAAUUCGCACGCAUGGUCUACAUUCAAGACAAGAAUGUGGAGAAAUUCUCGUUCACCAGCAAAUUCUUCGCCGAACAACUGAAGAAGGAUCUGUUGACCAACGUUUACAAACAAGGCAGCUGGGGAUCGUUCAGACAUUUGAAAUUGGAAUACGAAGCCGAUACACCAACACUUCAAGUUGAACAUGCGUACGUGAAUGCUCUAACGAAAGGCGAUCUCUCCAGUUUGCACUGGAUUGAAGGACCAUUGUCCCGACAAUUACCUGAUCCCAAAGACAAGCGAUUGGAAUUGUGCACAGUGUACUACGCUCCAAUCAAUUUCCGUGACGUUAUGUUAAGUUCCGGUAAAUUGGCUGCCGAUGCUUUGCCAGGUGACUUGGCAACGCAAGAUUGUAUUUUGGGCCUGGAAUUCUCCGGACGAGAUUCAACUGGCCGAAGAGUGAUGGCUAUGGUGCAAGCUAAGUCAUUGGCAACAACUUGUGUGGCUAGUCGCAACAUGAUUUGGGAGAUUCCGGACAGUUGGACUAUGGAACAAGCCUCCACUGUUCCUUGCGUCUAUUCAACCGUUUAUUACGCAUUGGUCGUUCGUGGACGAAUGAGGAAGGGUGAAAAGAUUCUGAUCCAUGCCGGUUCUGGUGGUGUUGGCCAAGCUGCUAUUUCUGUAGCUCUACACCACGGAUUAACUGUCUACACGACCGUUGGAAGUCAGCAAAAACGGGACUAUCUCAAGAAAACAUUCCCGCAGCUCACUGAUGCCAAUAUUAGCAACUCUCGUGACACAUCAUUCGAACAAUUCAUCAUGCAAGCCACAAAUGGCAAGGGAGUCGAUCUAGUUUUGAAUUCCUUGGCUGAAGAGAAAUUGCAGGCUUCGGUUCGUUGCUUGGGUUUGAAUGGUCGAUUCUUAGAAAUCGGAAAAUUGGAUUUGAACAACAACUCGCCGUUGGGUAUGUCGGUGUUCUUGAAGAACACCUCGUUCCAUGGUAUUCUCUUGGACAGCGUUAUGGAAGGAGAUGAUGAAACAAUCCAAGAAGUUGUUGGAUUGGUCGCUGAUGGUAUCAAGAACGGUGCUGUUCGACCAUUACCCACAAGUGUUUUCAACGACAAACAAGUAGAGCAAGCAUUCCGUUUCAUGGCAUCUGGCAAGCAUAUUGGUAAAGUCGUUAUCAAAGUCCGUGAUGAAGAGCCGAAGAAUACCAAAAUGACCGGAUUCGCUCCAAAACUGAUGACAUCCAUCCCCCGAACGUAUAUGCACCGCGAAAAAUCUUACAUCAUUGUUGGUGGACUCGGAGGUUUCGGUCUGGAAUUAGCCAAUUGGAUGGUGUCUCGAGGUGCUACCAAGAUUGUACUAACAUCCAGAAGUGGCAUUAAGACCGGCUAUCAGUCAUUGAUGGUUCGCAGAUGGAGAGAUCGUGGCGUAACAAUUGCCAUUGAUACCAACGAUGUGACCACAUUGAAAGGAACCCAGUCUCUGCUGAGAGAAUCGAACAAAUUGGGUCCAGUCGGUGGCAUAUUCAAUUUGGCCGCUGUUUUACGCGAUGGCUUAUUGGGCGACCAGACCGAAAAGGACUUCGAACAAGUUUGUGUACCAAAAGUUGAUGGAACUAAAUAUCUCGACGCAGCCUCACGAGAAUUGUGCCCCGAAUUGGAUUAUUUCAUUUGCUUCUCCAGUAUUUCGUGCGGUCGUGGUAACAUCGGCCAAACAAACUACGGCCUUGCCAAUUCGACAAUGGAAAGAAUCUGUGAGAAUCGUCAAGCGAACGGUCUACCUGGAACAGCUAUUCAAUGGGGUGCGAUCGGUGAUACUGGUCUGGUUAUCGAAAGUCUUGGCGAUAACGAUACUGUGGUUGGUGGAACAUUGCCUCAACGAAUGUUCUCCUGCUUACAAACCAUGGACAUUUUCAUGCAACAACCACACGCCGUUCUGUCAUCAAUGGUGGUGGCCGAAAAACGUAAGGCUGACGCUGCAAGUGGUGUGAGCUUAGUCGGCUGUGUCGCAAAUAUUUUGGGACUCAAAGAUUUGAAGAAUGUACCGGACCAAGCAUCGCUAGCCGAUUUGGGAAUGGACUCGUUGAUGGGUGCUGAAAUUAAACAGACCUUGGAACGGAACUACGAUGUGGUUAUGAGUGCAACCGAAAUCCGUCAAUUGUCGUUCGGAAAGUUGAAGGCUUUAGAAUCCGGUUCCGCAGAAACCGCAACAGCAACAACCACUACAACAAAGGGCACCGAUGCACAAGCAAUUGGUGACGGUACUCAAGUUGUAUUCACGUCGGAGCUGAUGCCCACCGAAACACUCGUCAAGCUUCAAUCGAAGGCCGCAACCGACAGCAAACAACGACCACUAUUUGUCGUUCAUGCCAUCGAAGGCUUCGUAACCGCAUUGAAACCGUUGGCCGGCAAAAUGACCUGUCCCGUAUAUGGUCUCCAAUGCACAGCCGAUGCUCCUCUCAGCUCAAUAUCCGAUUUGGCCGCAUUCUAUGUGACCAAAAUCAAAACCGUUCAACCGAAGGGCCCGUACGCGAUCGCUGGUUACUCGUUCGGUGCGUCCGUGGCUUUCGAAAUGGUGUUGCUAUUGGAGAAAACUGGCGAAUCAGCCACUUUGGUCAUGUUUGAUGGUUCACCCAAAUACGUUAGCUGGUACACAGAAACGCAUAAGCAGCGAUUGGAAGGUGGAUCAACCACCGCUCAGGAUGAAGCUUACGGUCUGGCCUAUUUCGGUAUGGUUUGUUCAAACAUCAACUACGUUACUACUGCUAAGGAAUUGGAAAGUCUACCCACAUUCGAUAGUCGCUUGAAACGGUUAACUGAAAUGAUCACCACGGCUACGAAAUAUCCGGCAGAUUUGAUAUCGACGUGUGCACUAAGCUUCUACAAGAAAUUGUUGGCGGCGCACAACUACAAACCUGAAUCUAAAGUUAAGUCCAACGUUACUUUAAUUAAGCCCACUGAGAAUUACGCUAAGCUAUCGACUGAUUAUGGACUAUCGGAGGUUUGUACAAGCAAAGUGGAAAUUGUCACAGUAGAAGGAGACCAUCGAACAAUUUUGACCGGCGAUUCGGUAGAAACUAUAGCCUCAGUUCUACAGAAAUUGGCGGCAUAAAUCUACGUUUAUAUCAAGCUAUCGAUGCAUCCACCAGAUGGUACACAUGCAUCAACCACAAAUCCUUAAUUUUAAAGAUUUUUUUUUAUUUAUCUCAUUAAAUUAGUUGGUAGAAUUAUGUUACAAUCCUACCAGAAUGGAUUAGAUUGUAUGAAUUGUUGUUUACAGAAACGUUAUGGAAGGAUCUAAGUUUUGUAUAAGUUAUAGGCGAGGAGAAGAGCGCAAGUUAUGCAUUUUUUGUUCAGGUCCAAAUAGUAUCAUCAAGCGCAUAACUUUUGAACUUUGGAAUCGUUGUCCGUUCUUUGAAAAUAAUAUUUUUCGUUUUUUUUAAAUUAAAUUAAAUUAAAUUUCCUUUCAAUCUGGUCAUUGGAAUAUAUCGAUUCCGAUCAACA